GUCAGAGCGGUCCAGCAGGACAGUGUAAGACCAGUCACCACACACGCUUGCUCUGGGCAGCGACCCAACCUACGUUUCUUUUCUUCUAUAGACUUACUCUACUCCCUCUUUUCGUAGAGUCUCUAUCUAGACGACUAUACCCUUGCUAUACCCGUUAAUUCUGCCUUGCGUCACAGUCUGAGACUCUACUCUCGGACUGCUACUCUGGCAUAGACUUAGACGUUAGACUCUAGAGAGCGUCACGAUGUUUCCCCUUCGGUUUCCACCUAUUUUCUCGAGCGUACAUUGCGACUCCGAUGAAGGAACGACCGUUUCGCGUGCGGCUUCUGCCAUCAAGACGGUAAAGAGUGCAAUGUCCGUUCCGGAGAACGAGUUGAGACGAUGGAGGCGACUGUUUGACUCGAACGCUCAGACAGUUGUGAAUGGCGAAAAAUAUCUGAACACAGACCAAUUCGUCAAUGCGAUCGCGCCCAAGGGUGACUUGACCAAAAUAGGUCGCUCUCAGUUCGCGACCUUAUUUCGCGUUGCGGAUUCAUCCAAACGAGGGCUGGUCUCAUGGGAUGACUUUGUUGUGUUCGAGACUAUCUUGAAAAGACCAGAUGCAGACUACUGGAUAGCCUUCCAAUAUUUCGACGUAGAUGAUUCAGGUACUAUUACUCAUGACGAGUUCAAGAACGUCUUCAAAGCAAACAUUGGGCCCGAUGCCAUUCCUUUUGAUUUCGACUGCGACUGGAUCAAGUUGUACCUUGGAAAGAAGAAAGGAACACACGUUUUGGGUUAUAAUGAAUUCACGCAGCUAAUGAAGGGCCUACAAGGCGAACGUCUUCGUCAGGCUUUCAAAUACUUUGACUCGGAUCAGGAUGGUUUCAUUAAGCCAGACCAGUUCAAGCGGAUCAUUUUGGAACUUGCAGGACACAAACUUUCACAAGCAGUUAUUGACAGGCUACCAACGCUAUGUACCUUGACACCUGGAGGUCGGAUAUCAUACUCUGAGGUUAUUGCCUUCCACAACGUGAUCCGAGAAAUGGACAUGGUGGAACGAAUUAUUCGGGAAGCCACUGCCAAGUCAAAAGAUGGACGUAUAGAUCAAUCGGACUUCAUAAACCACUGUGUCUCCAGUACCCGAUACUCUCUUUUCACGCCGAUGGAAGCAUCCAUCAUUUUCCACUUUGCUGGCCGUGGCAGUCCAUCGCAGCGACUCGCCUUAAUCGACUUUGCCCAACUCCUCGAUCCUCGAUGGCAAGCACCUGCGGAGCAGAUCGCUGAGAAGACAUCUACGUCUGUCUCAAUAUUGCAUCACAUCGCACAUUCAGCAUAUAACUUCUGUCUCGGAGGUGCUGCUGGCGCAUUUGGAGCCACGAUCGUUUACCCUAUUGAUCUUGUCAAGACCCGUAUGCAAAACCAAAGGAGUACAGUUGUUGGCCAGCUAUUGUACAAGAAUAGCUUUGACUGCAUCCGCAAGGUCUUCCGUAAUGAAGGCUUCAUUGGUUUCUACCGAGGACUUGGACCUCAACUUAUCGGUGUCGCUCCUGAGAAGGCCAUCAAAUUAACUGUUAACGAUUUUGUGCGUUCUCGAACGAUGGAUCCCGAAACAGGUCGAAUUAAGUUGUCCUGGGAAUUAGUUGCAGGCGGUACAGCGGGAGGAUGCCAAGUGAUCUUCACCAAUCCGCUUGAAAUUGUGAAAAUUCGAUUGCAGAUGCAGGGUGAGGCAGCGAAGCUCGAGGGAGCUGUUCCUAAAGGCGCCGUUCACAUCGUUCGCCAAUUGGGUCUCUUCGGUCUUUACAAGGGUGCAAGUGCCUGUCUGUUGCGCGAUAUCCCCUUCUCAGCCAUCUAUUUUCCGGCAUAUUGGCAUCUCAAGAGAGACAUCUUCAAUGAAGGGUAUAAUGGAAAGCAGCUAUCAUUCCUUGAGACCCUGGCAGCUGCUGCCAUAGCUGGUAUGCCUGCCGCCUACUUCACGACACCGGCAGAUGUUGUCAAAACUCGUCUACAAACCGAAGCGAGAACUGGACAGACUCACUAUAAAGGCAUGGGAGAUGCAUUUGCGAAGAUCUAUCGGGAGGAAGGUUUUAGAGCUUUUUUCAAGGGAGGCCCUGCUCGUAUUGUUCGAAGCAGCCCGCAGUUUGGCUUCACGCUGGUCGCGUAUGAAUACCUACACAAGUUCUUGCCUGUGAGUAAAAAGAGUCUAUGUGUUGCCCGCUUCGUUACUGAUGAAAGGUCUCGGGUUCGAUGCGUGCCGGCAGUACCCAUUCCAGGACAAGCCCAGGGAAGUGGAAACGGCACUCACCUCGCAACCAGAAGAUAUGUCGAAGAUACAUGCCCGAAAUGCCCUCAAGAUCCUUCUGGAUGUUCAUGGAGAUUUUGGGCGUCGGUCAUAGUAAUCUGGGGGUUCUUUGUAGCGUACGGAUGGAAUAUUAUUAUCUAUUAUGCUCUGGAUGGGUGAAAUAUACUGGGUUUGCUUGGGGCAGAG